AUGAGCGCUGCGCUGCGUUCGGUUCGUCCGGACGCCCUCGCGCUGAAGACCGGACUCCUUUCGAGACAAGUACAUGCCUCAAAUCCUUCAAUAUUGUCUAGAUGUACUUCCGGGCGACUCGCAUAUCAUACCCAACGCAAACCCGUACCUCAAUUUCUCGCGUCGCGUGUCUUCUUCAAUCCCCGAUAUUCAGUCCGACACAAAUCCGCCGUCACCACACCAAAGGAGAAUGAGAGUCCAAAGUCAUUCCGCCUUCGGGAUAUAUUUGUUAAAACCUUUGCCUACUGCGGUUUCUUCAUUGUUAUGACGGGCGGCGCCGUGGUAGCUUUCUUCAUUUACGAUGCGACAACAUAUCGCGAACAUCCAAGUGCGGAGGAUAUCCCGGUUUCCGAACUGGCUCUUAACCCACGCCGUGGAGGACCGAAGAAUUUACCAGUUGCUGAAGUUCUGGUGGGGGAUAAUGAUUCCGAUGCAAUGCAGGAACAGAGGGACAAGCCCAGGCUGGUUAUUUUAGGUACGGGCUGGGGUAGCGUCGCCCUGCUCAAACAGCUUAACCCUGGUGAUUACCACGUUACCGUGGUUUCUCCGACCAAUUAUUUCCUGUUCACGCCUAUGCUGCCUUCUGCGACUGUCGGGACACUUGGGUUGAGGUCGCUUGUUGAACCUGUUCGUCGUAUUGUCCAGCGUGUCAACGGACAUUUCCUUAAGGGGGAGGCUGUCGAUGUUGAGUUCUCGGAAAAGUUGGUUGAAAUAACCCAACUUGACGCCCAAGGAGAGAAGCAACAUUUCUAUCUCCCAUACGACAAACUGGUGGUUGGUGUCGGCUGCGUUACAAAUCCCCAUGGUGUUAAAGGUCUGGAGAACUGCCAUUUCUUGAAAUCGAUAGACGACGCCCGCCGGAUCAAGAAUCAAGUGCUGGACAAUAUGGAACUUGCCUGCUUGCCAACCACUUCUGACGAAGAACGCAAACGCCUGCUAUCAUUUGUUGUCUGCGGUGGUGGACCAACUGGUGUUGAAUUCGCCUCCGAGCUCUUCGACCUUCUGAAUGAAGAUUUGCUUUAUUCGUUCCCGAAGAUAUUAAGAAAUGAGAUCUCUGUCCAUAUCAUUCAGAGUCGCAGCCACAUUCUGAACACAUACGAUGAAGCCCUCUCGAAAUUUGCUGAGUCUCGGUUUGCGCGUGAUGACGUUGAUGUUCUGACAAACGCGAGAGUAAAGGAAGUACACUCUGACAAAGUCGUCUUCAGCCAAAUAGAGAAUGGCAAGACGAUAACCAAGGAAAUCCCUAUGGGUUUCUGUCUAUGGUCAACCGGCGUUGCUCGCGCCGAUCUCUGCCAGAAGAUCUCGGACAAACUUGACUCCCAGAACAACAAGCAUGCUCUAGAAACCGAUUCCCACCUCCGCCUUAUCGGAGCGCCUCUCGGAGAUGUGUACGCUAUGGGCGACUGCUCCACUGUUCAGAAUAACAUAGCUCAACAUAUCCUGUCUUUCCUCCGCACCAUCGCCUGGGAAAAAGGCAAGGACCCCAAGAAAGUCCACCUCACGUUCCGUGAAUGGCGAGAUGUCGCCUCGCGAGUCAGAAAGCGUUUCCCUCAGGCCUCCAACCAUCUACGCCGCCUCGACAGGCUCUUUGAACAAUACGACAAAGACCACUCCGGCACUCUAGACUACGACGAACUCUCCGAACUCCUCCACCAAAUCGACACAAAACUUACUUCCUUGCCUGCAACAGCCCAACGCGCAAACCAACAGGGCGAAUAUCUCGGCCACAAGCUUACUAAAAUUGCCGCUGCUAUGCCUGGCAUGCAAGCAAAUGAAAUCGACCACGGCGACCUCGACGAAGCGGUUUACAGAGCGUUCCACUACAAACACCUCGGUAGCCUUGCGUACAUUAGCAAUGCUGCUAUCUUUGACUUUGGCGGCGUGAAUUUUGGUGGUGGUGUCCUGGCCAUGUACCUCUGGCGUAGUGUUUACUUCGCCGAGAGUGUCAGUCUGCGAACCCGGUGUAUGCUCGCCAUGGAUUGGGCUAAGAGAGCGCUUUUUGGAAGAGAUCUCAUGAGCUUCUAA